GUGUGAUGCCGCAGCGGUUCAGCCUUCAGUUGCCAGUCAUUGUUGCCGCCGGCAUCGUCCGUCGUGUUUGUUUUUUAUUUUUUUGCUAAACUUUUUUAUUUCCCUUUCAAUUUAUCCGUUUUUUUGUUGAUUAUCUUACCUAUACGCAUCCCAAUUGCCAAACAAAAAAUGUCCAAGCCCAAGGUGUACGUCGUCGGAGUCGGCAUGACCAAGUUUGAAAAACCAGGUCGUAGGGAUGACUUUGAUUACCCACAAAUGGCAGUUGAAUCUGUUACUAAAGCUCUACAAGAUGCAAAAAUCAGCAUUCAUGAAGUGGAUCAAGCAUGUGUGGGAUAUGUAUAUGGUGAUUCUACUUGUGGUCAAAGAGCUUUGUAUGAAGUAGGAAUGACUGGAAUACCUAUUUAUAAUGUCAACAAUAAUUGUUCAACUGGAUCUACAGCUCUAUACUUGGGUAAACAAAUAAUCGAAUCUCAAAAUGCACAAUGUGUAUUAGUACUUGGUUUUGAAAAAAUGGAAUCUGGAUCAUUAUCUGCUAAAUUUUUAGAUCGAACAAAUCCGAUGGACAAACAUGUGACACUAAUGGGCGAUUUAGUUGGUUUAGAUGGAGCACCAAUAACUGCACAACUUUUUGGAAAUGCAGCUUUGGAAUAUAUGAACAAAAAUGGCAUAAAACCUGAAACACUUGCUAAAAUAGCCCAUAAGAACCACAAACAUUCAGUUAACAACCCAUAUUCUCAAUUUCAAAAAGAGUAUACAUUAAAUGAAAUCCUUGAAUCACCGAAAGUAUUUGGUCCAUUAACAAAACUUCAAUGUUGUCCAACAUCUGACGGAUCAGCAGCAGCUAUUCUAGCAUCUGAACAAUUUGUCAUUAAAAAUAAUCUUCAGGAUCAAGCAAUUGAAAUUGUUGGAAUGGAGAUGGCUACCGAUCCACCAACCACAUUCUCUGGUCAAACUUGUGUUCAAAUAGUAGGAUAUGACAUGACCAAAUUGGCAGCUGAUAAAUUGUUUAGUAAGACCACUAUCAGGCCAGAAGAUGUUAAUGUAGUAGAAUUACAUGAUUGUUUCUCUGCAAAUGAAUUAAUUACAUAUGAAGCCUUGGGGCUUUGUAAACCAGGAAAAGCUGGAGAGUUUAUUGAGUCUGGUUCAAAUACGUAUGGGGGGCAAGUCGUCGUAAACCCAAGUGGUGGUUUAAUUUCCAAAGGCCAUCCUUUGGGUGCCACAGGAAUUGCGCAGUGUAGUGAAUUGUAUUGGCAACUACUCGGCAAAGCUGGAAAAAGACAAGUACCAGGCGCCAAGGUAGCUCUUCAACAAAACAUUGGUUUAGGAGGUGCAGUCGUAGUAGCUCUGUACAAACAAGGAUUUCCCCAGUCUCCUCAAAUACAAAAACUAGAAGUGGCUAAACCAACUACGGAUAAAGAUCCAACUGUAUUUAAAGUAUUUAAAAUUUUCAAAAUUCUUGAAGAAGCCAUGUUGGAUGACAAGGAAAAUAUAAUAGAAAGAGUACGUGGUAUAUAUUGUUUCAAAGUGACAAACACCCAGGGAAAAGAAGGCAUGUGGAUUAUAGAUGCAAAAAAUGGAAAAGGAAGCAUAACGUUUUAUGGCACAGGUAAACCGGAUGUAACAUUCACAAUGAAAGACGAAGAUGUUGUUGAACUGAUAUCUGGGAAGUUAAAUCCUCAAAAAGCAUUUUUCCAAGGCAAAAUUAAAAUUCAAGGAAACAUGGGCUUAGCAUUAAAAUUAGUUGACUUACAAAAACUUAUGAGUCACAAAAUAGCUGAAUUACGAGCAAAAUUUUAAAUAUGUUGUCAUUGCUCAACAUAAAAUUUAAAAAUGUUUUAAACAAAUUUGUAUUGUGAAACCAAUCAACUGAUGGGUGGUGUGUAAUUUAUAC